AUGGCGCCUGUUGUGUCGGAGCUAUUCCGGAUCCGCGAGCCUGGCGGUCACGUGCAAUCAUUUUCGGACUUGCCACCUUCCGAGCAAGUUUCCGAUGAAUUUCUGCUAGGCCUCGUUAGCGGCUUAUUCAGCCAGGAUUCCGAUCGCAUCCGGCGAACGGUACGACAUCACUAUUCACCCGAUGCCGUACUGGUGCAUACCUUGGCGCGCGCCGAAUCCUCCGCGGACGUGUAUCGCUUGUACCGCGCAUACACUGCGACAUGCAUCGUACGGCCAGUUGUACGGGAGAUUGCUAUCGACUUGAGGCCCCGCACUCCCCGCAGCGAGCCGGCAGGGGAUGUCGUGUCGGGGUCCCCCCCGCCCUCCGGUGCCGGGUGCGCCGUCUUGUGGGUUGACCACCACGUACGGAUCCGGGCGCUGCCGUACCUGUCGGCUGGAAUCUACCCCACCAUGACCGUCCUCAAGUUCAAGCCCUGUCCCAAGACUGGCCGGCCGCUGGUGUACGAACAAUACGACCAUAUCAGCCGGGACGCCUACAUUAUGUCCCUGGGAGGCGUCGCGGGUGCCAUGCAAUACGGACCGAUCGACGGUCCGCCCAUCCUGCGUUUGACAUCCUUAUCUUGUUCCGAUGGGUUCACCAUCACAUGCUUCAGCCCAUGGGUCGCUUUUCCGCGGGACUUAUGGCGGAUACUUUGGACUGGCUAG